CUUUAUCCGAAACAUAUAAAUAUUGUAAAAUACCCAUCAAUCAUUGAUAACUAUUGCUACCCUUGCAACAACAAUACAAUUAAGUUACUCAAACAUGACAGUCAGUCUCAGACCAAUUGAAGAGAAAGAUAAAGAAGAAUGGAUCAAUCUUUGGACAGGUAAAGGUGGAUACAUUGAAUUCUACAAGUCAUUACAUAAGAUUACUCCAGAAAUCACUGAUGUGACAUUUGCUAGAUUCUUAGAUCCUAAAGAACCAGUGUUUGCUGUCGUUGCUGUAGACGAUGAAUCGGGAAAAUUAGUUGGAUUUGCUCACUAUUUAACUCACAGAAAUACUUGGACUAUUGAAGAUGCCUUAUACUUGAACGAUCUUUUCGUAUCUGAAAAUGUUAGAUUAGGAGGUAUCGGUCGUAAAUUGAUUGAAUAUGUUUACGGAGCUGCUGAUAAAUUAAAUGCUAAAAAAGUUUACUGGUCUACACAGUUUGAAAAUCACAGAGCUCAAUUGUUAUAUACCAAAGUUGGAGUUAAAAGUGGCUUUUUAUUAUACCGUAGACCCGAUUAGUUUUUCCCAUAGUUUAGUUUUUUAGAUAUGGCUGAAAAUGUAUGUCAUUGAACAGCCUGCACACUGUGUCACUCCCAUGACACAAAGGCGGCAUAUAAACAAAAAAAAUUUAGGUGACGAUAAAUAAAUAAAUACAAUAAAUUCCAUAGC